ACGCGAUCGGAGCGGAGCUGUCUAGGAAGCGGCCGCGGUGGGUCAGCCAUCCAGGAUCAGCUGCCGAGCCACGGCCAGCGCGCAGCUACUAGGGUUCGGGAGCCGACGAGAUGCCUCUGUUCACCGCCAACCCCUUCGAGCAGGACGUGGAAAAAGCCACAAAUGAGUACAACACGACAGAAGAUUGGAGCCUAAUUAUGGAUAUAUGUGACAAAGUUGGAAGCACUCCUAAUGGAGCUAAAGAUUGCCUAAAAGCCAUAAUGAAAAGGGUAAAUCAUAAGGUUCCUCACGUUGCCCUGCAGGCAUUAACUCUUCUUGGAGCUUGUGUGGCAAACUGUGGAAAGAUAUUUCAUUUAGAAGUGUGCUCCCGUGACUUUGCAACAGAAGUACGUGCUGUGAUAAAAAAUAAGGCUCAUCCUAAAGUAUGUGAAAAACUAAAAUCUUUAAUGGUUGAGUGGUCAGAAGAAUUUCAGAAGGAUCCACAAUUUAGUCUGAUAUCUGCAACUAUUAAAUCAAUGAAAGAAGAAGGUAUUACUUUUCCUCCAGCAAGUUCUCAGACUACUGUCUCAGCUGCAGCCAAGAAUGGUACAUCAUUGAACAAAAACAAAGAAGAUGAAGACAUAGCUAAAGCUAUUGAAUUGUCUUUGCAAGAACAGAAGCAGCAACACACAGAAACAAAGCCCUUAUAUCCAUCUGCAGAAAUUCAGCUAAAUAAUAAGGUUACAAGGAAAGUAAGAGCUUUAUAUGAUUUUGAAGCUGCUGAGGACAAUGAACUCACCUUUAAGCAUGGUGAAAUUAUUAUUGUUUUGGAUGACAGUGAUGCUAAUUGGUGGAAAGGAGAAAAUCAUAGAGGAAUAGGACUCUUUCCAUCUAAUUUUGUAACAACUAAUUUAAACACAGAAUCUGAUGCAGCAGCUGUGGACAAAUUGAAUGUUAUUGAUGAUGAUGUGGAGGAAGUUAAGAAAUCAGAGCCUGAACCUGUUUAUAUAGAUGAGGGUAAGAUGGAUAGAACCCUGCAGGUGCUCCAAAGUAUAGAUCCAACAGAUUUAAAACCAGACUCCCAAGACCUCUUGGAUUUAGAAGAUGUCUGCCAACAAAUGGGUCCAAUGAUAGAUGAAAAACUUGAAGAGAUUGAUAGAAAGCAUUCAGAAUUGUCUGAAUUGAAUGUAAAAGUCUUAGAAGCUCUUGAACUAUACAACAAAUUGGUAAAUGAAGCACCACUAUAUUCGGCCUAUUCAAAACUUCACCCUCCAACACAUUACCCUCAUCCAUCACAUGGGAUUCCAAUGCAGACAUACCCAGUUCAACCACAUGGUGGAAAUUAUAUGGAUCAAAGCAUUCACCAAGUCAGUGUUGCCCAAAGCUACAGUCUAGGACCAGAUCACAUAGGUCCACUGAGAUCUUUGCCUCCAAAUAUGAAUUCCUCAUUGCCAACACAGCCUGUUCAAACUCCAUAUUUAAGCACUGGACAAGACACUGUUUCCAAUCCUACUUACAUUAAUCAGAACUCUAACCUUCAAUCAGCUACUGGAGGAGCUGCUUAUGCACAGCAGAUGGGGAUGUCUGUGGAUAUGUCAUCUUACCAGAACACUACUUCCAGUUUGCCACAGCUGGCAGGCUUUCCGGUGGCAGUUUCAGCUCAUUCAGUUGCACAGCAACAAACAACUUACCAUCAGCAGCCUCUCCUUUAGAAAUAAACCAAGCAUUUUCCUGAAAGCCUUCUCAUAAGUGUAUCACACAAACCUUGUGAUUCUAAUCUGAAAAUACUAAAAGAAAAAAAUUUUCUCAACUCAAAAGGACUGUUAAUAAAGCACAUAACUUAUCUUACUCUAUUUGGACGUAAAAGGUUCUUUUUUUUCCAGUCCAAUUUGUGAAGUCAAACUUUUGAUAAUAAGCAGCUAUAAGUUGCUUCCACUUUUGUCUUACUUUCAUUAUCUCUACACAAUCUUGACACCCAGUAAGUAAAAUAUGACACUAAACAGCAUGAAAUAGAAGUAUUCAAAUUUUACUUUAAAGAAACCACCGUUUACCAUGAAAAUGAAUUAAUUGGAAGAGCCCUGACAUGUUUAAA